AUGUACCACGGCGCGCACAUCCACCGCUGCUAUCGCGCCUCUUCGCGCUUCCUCUGGUUCUUCUUCGGCGCCGGCACCGCGACCUGGUGGCACUACCACAAGGACGGCCAUCGCCACUACAACGAGUGGCUCGCCGCCCGCCAGUGCGGCCGCGACCUCAUCCCCCAGCAGGCCUACCCCCUCCCCGGUGCCCCGGGCACGCAGACCGAGGCCGCCGCGAACCCCAACCAGCCCACGACCCCGGGCACGAUCGACAAGAGGGACCGAUGGGGAUGGAACUGGUCUUGGUCCACCGGCCCUCAUGGCCCAUCCGGUAGCGGCAGCGCCGAGUGGCACAGAGGCCACCCGUGGGGCCGCCCCGAGUGGUCGCAACAGCAGCAGCAACAGCAACAGCAAGGCCAGGACAGCUGGAACGGCGAGAGGCACUGGGGUCGGUGGGGCCGCGCGCCACCGCCCGCGGCGACGCCGGUUCGCCCUGAGGGCGCGUGGGGGCCGCCGUCCCCGAUGCCGACCGCGCCCGAUGCGGAGAAGGACGUCGUGCAGCAGGCGACGGACACGAUCACCGACUUCUCGGAGACGACGCUCAACAACCUACUCGUUACUGUGGAGAGCCUCAAGUCGAAGCUCGCCGAGCACCGCGCGCAGCGCGAGCAGCAGGAGCGCGAGAUUCAAGCGCUGCGUGAAGCCAAGUUUAAGCAGUUCGAAGAAUGGCAGAGGCAGCAGGAGGCGAAGAAGGACGACCCUCCUCGCCGUCUCGUCUAA